CCCCCCUCCCGGUGCCCCGCAUCCCGCGCGCCGCUGCUAUAAGAGGGCCCAUCGCCGCGCAGCCGCAGGAGUUCGCCGAGCCGAGCACUCGACGCCGCUUCCGACGCCUCUCCCUCUCCCCCCCUCCCUCGACGACGUCCCCCACCUGCAAAGCCAUAGACAAGUUGAUCUCAUGAAUUCAGGAAGCACAGUGGCAUCCAGAGUUUCCUGUUCAUCGGGAAACAACGGCAUCUUCCCACCCUGCCUUCUCCCUGGAUUCCUGGGAUUCCCAGUUGUAUUUGUAAACUUCCACUUGUUCAAGGCCAUUGUCCGCAGCCCUGCAUCUUCUGUUGUCCUGGGAAUCCGUGGAGGACGCCUCCCUUAAAGAGUUGCCCAUAGGACUUCCUGUUUAGUUAGUCUGAGAACUGGUAUCCAAUUUGUUGUGCAAAAAUUCCUUGGCAUCACUACUCUGAACUGCUGAAUCUCAGGCCCUUCAAGAUGGUUUCCUCUGAAAUAAGCUCUGUUACAACAACCCAUGCACAAGGUCCCAAGCUCUUUAGAGGGAAGAUACUUCUGCCAAUGGGCCCUCCAGAUGUUGUGCCUUCUGAAAACAUUGAGUUUGAUUUCUCAGAUGUUUUUGGUUCUACAGCAGUCCAGACUCCCACAGAUCUGAGCAUUCUCACUCCUGACAGUCCUGCACCUUUGGCUGAGUCCAAUGAGGGGAUUUACAAUGACCCUGUGGUUAUUGUCAAGAGAUCUCAUUCUCUUGUUGGUCCAAGUUCACUUGUUAGCCAAUCCUUGCCAAUUAGCAAACUUACACUGCAUGGAUCUGAUAGCUCAUUGGACCUGCUGGAUUGUCCUAAAGAAAAGCAAGGUAACCAAGGAGCUCUUAGUGAUGAAGAGCUUGAUAAUACAGAAAAGGAGAAUGGUAUUUUUGGACUUGAAGACUUUGAAGUCCUGAAGCUUGUUGGCCAAGGGGCAUUUGGAAAGGUAUAUCAAGUGAGGAGGAAAGGCACUUCAGAAAUAUAUGCAAUGAAAGUUAUGAGGAAGGACAAGAUUUUGGAGAAGAACCAUGCUGAGUACAUGAAAGCAGAGAGAGAUAUACUGACUAAAGUCGAUCAUCCUUUUGUAGUACAGCUGAGGUACUCCUUUCAGACAAAAUACCGACUUUACCUUGUGUUGGACUUCAUAAAUGGGGGCCAUCUUUUCUUCCAGCUUUACCAACAGGGCUUGUUUAGGGAGGAGCUUGCACGCAUCUACACAGCUGAAAUUGUAUCUGCUGUAGCCCACCUCCAUGCGAAUGGAAUUAUGCACAGGGAUCUGAAGCCAGAGAACAUCUUAUUGGAUGCUGAUGGACACGCCAUGUUGACUGAUUUUGGGCUGGCAAAGGAAUUUGAUGAAAACACUAGAUCAAACUCAAUGUGUGGUACUGUUGAGUACAUGGCCCCAGAAAUUGUUCAAGGCUGUGGUCAUGAUAAGGCUGCAGACUGGUGGAGUGUGGGAAUCCUUCUGUUUGAAAUGCUUACAGGAAAGCCUCCAUUUGUUGGUGGAAACAGGGACAAAGUUCAGCAGAAGAUAAUUAAGGAGAAAAUUAAGCUUCCAGCAUAUUUAUCUAGUGAAGUUCAUUCGUUGCUCAAAGGCUUACUGCACAAAGAAGCUGGCAGGAGGCUGGGAAGUGGACCAGGCGGGAGCAAUGAAAUAAAGAAUCACAAAUGGUUCAAGUUAGUAAACUGGAAGAAACUAGAUGCCCGACAGAUCCAGCCAAGCUUCCGCCCAAAUGUUGCUGGCAAAACCUGCAUCGCGAACUUUGACGAGUGCUGGACGAGCAUGCCCGUGCUGGACUCUCCAGUGGCCAGCCCUGUCGCUGCAGAUAGUAACUUCGUGGGAUUCAGCUAUGUGAGGCCAGCGCCCUUCCUUCAGAGGCCGAGUCCUCUAGGCUGAUAAAUUUGCUCUUCUGAUCAUGUAAAACCACCUACUGUUGUUCGGUUUGCCUGGGAAAAAAAAUCCCGUUAUCA